AUGGCAAUAGAAGUGUGCUCCGAGAUAUCCAGCACGGGAAUCAGCCCUCGAAUCUCAUUCUCACACGAUCUAAAGAACACAGAGGAUGCAUCGGUUCGUGUUGAAGAUCGUCACCGUGGAUCAGACUUAUGCCUCUUGGACUCAAGCUCUGACUUCGUGUUCUGCAUCACCAAUGGCUUAGCUCAACAACUCUCUUCAGCCGAUGAACUCUUCUCCAAUGGAAAAAUUAUCCCAACGGAGAUCAAGAGAGUUUCCAAGGAACCCAAAGAACCUUCUCGACCUCAACCUGCAACCACGGAAAAGAUUCAAAAGAAGAGGCUCAAGGAGUUCUUAUCUGCAUCCUCUGAUGAAGCAGAGAACGAAGAAGAGAAGCCAUCAUCCAAGUAUUUCUGGCAAUUCAAGCGCAGUAGCAGUUUGAAUUUCGAUACCACUCGUGGGAAUGGCUUGAUUCGCUCGCUUCAGUUCCUAUCACGAAGCAACUCCACCGGUUCGGCGCCGAAUCCAAAACAAACAGAGCUUCCAAGGGAAACUCACAAGCAGAGGCUGCAGAAACAGUCCUCUGUUUCAAGUAGAAGGUCAUCAUCUUCCUCUUCGAGUUCAAGUACAUAUUAUUUUUACAGUUCGUCUCAAAAGCCUUCUUUAAAGAAAAACGGUGGAUCUUCUGGUAAUGGUGUUAGGAUUAGUCCUGUGUUGAAUCUACCUCAGGCAUAUAUUCCCAAGGCCACUGCCAGAUUUUUUGGAUUUGGUUCUCUAUUCUGUAAUGGAAAGAGUAAAAGAAAGAAGAAAUAG